AUGUCCUCCAUGAUCCUACCCGAGGAGGAGGAGAGGCUUCGCCGCAUAGCCCGCAUCGCAGAACAAAGCGCAGCCGCCGAGCGCAAACGGUACGAGGAGGCCAAGGCGCAGAGGGAGAAGGAAGAGAGAGAAAGACAGGAAAGAGAACGGGCUGCCCAGGAGAGAGAAGAGUCGGCUUCACUGUCGGGCAUGUGUGCCCGAGACAACCAGUUCUCCCUGCUGCUGCCAGGUGCUCUUCAGUCUCACUUGGGGCAACAAAUCAUGGAUCCCCAAUAA